AUGGAUUCCAAAUCGGAACAUUCGCUCUACAAUUUUGAUGCAAUCCAUCAAGCAGUUCCUGAAAUCGAUGACAAGGUAACGUUCUUAUUCUUAUAACAAUUGUUCAUAGUGGAAAAGCAUUACACGUACCCGAGGUGUGUAUGCUAGGAUUUCAUCGAAAAAUAUUUUUAUUCACUCCGGAAUUCAUUUCUAAAAUUCCAAAAUUUGGAAGUUAUAUAUGAGUGAUUUUUUCCAGAUAUCGGGUCUGAAAAGGAAGGUGAAGAGCGACAACCUUGAAAGCACCAUUCGAUCAUUGAUUGUCUGCGAAAACGACACCGUAGCAUUUUUGUUCAAAGCGACACAAGCCAAAUUCAAUUUUGAAGAGAAGGUUUGCUUAAACAGUGAAACAAUUAGAAAUUACCGGUUUACAGGUUAUAAUGAUUGAUAUGUGUGCGAGAUUGUGA